CUUAAGCACAAGUCAUGUGCAUUAUUGCUUGAUUAAUGAUGCUGUCUAUCCUCGUGCCUUUGUUACUGCCAGUGCUCCUGGCACUCGCCAGUCCUAACCAAGAGUCCAUUGCGAAGGCAAAGAGCAUAAAUUUAACCGAUCGCCUCAGCGAGGACCCAGAUUUCACUCUUUUGUUGCGGCUCUUGCAACGAGCUCGACUCAUCCCAACGCUGAACCGACUUGAGGACGCGACCUUGUUCGCACCAACGAACGAUGCCAUAGAACGCUAUAUAAAUACCAGCCAUAUAUAUGCACGCGCUUUGUUUGACACAGAGCCCAACGUAAAUGGCCCCCGCGAUAAUGUGCAGCAUGAACUGCGGCAACAUCUAUUCUAUCAUCUCCUUAAUUUCUCCAUUCCUAUACUCCCUAAAGAUUUCCCGACACAGAAGCCAUUAAUAUUUGAGACUUUGCAUUACCCUGACCUACCCGUCCAACAUCCCUCUCCUGAACCUCCACCAUCGCCCCCCUGGCUCCCGGAACCGGGUGGAUUGCUCGAUCGUGCUCCGCAGAGGCUGCGUGCUGUGUUCCGAGACUCGAAGCCCUGGAUUGCUGUUGAUUCCAUGCGUCGGGGCGGAGUUGAAGUUGCAAAGGAGCCCAUUAAUGCUUCGAAUGGAAUCAUCAUUCCAUUAAGAAAUGUUAUCCCUCUACCAGGAAACCUUUAUCAGGAAGUCAAGGCUCAUCCACUUAUCUCCGAAUUUGCCUCUAUCCUAUCCCCGGAGACGAUACAGACUCUUUCGACUUCUCCACACAUCACGCUAUUUUUCCCCGUUGAUUCUGCAUGGUCAGUCUUAGAUGAUAUCGAAAGGAAAUACCUGCACAGUGGUUACGCAGAACACGAUGUAGGAAAAUUGGUAGCUAUGCAUUCAAGUGGCUCUGGCAUCAAUGGCUCUGGAGGAGUUGGAUGGAGUGACACUUGGGAUGAGGGAAGGUCCUUCACCACCGUCGAUGGAGAGGAGCUUAAGAUUGGCUAUUCAGCAGAUGGAACAGUCCAGAUUGGGCAGUCUACUGUUGUACAAGACGACAUCUACGCCGCCAACGGCGUUCUCCACAUCAUAUCCUCCCUGCUAGUCAAGCCAGACACCUUCCAGAUAAAUGCGGAGAAAUACCUUCUCACUCUGAAUGCAACAUCCUUUGUUUCUCUCCUGCGCACUGCAAAUCUCUCUCAUUACGUUGACGAUGAGCAUGAUGCCGAGAAUUGGACGAUACUUGCUCCCAGAGAUGACGACAUGAUCUGGUCGAAUCCCCCAGAGAACCUCUCAAAGGUUCUCAAGUACCAUUUCAUACCCGGAAAGACUCUCCCGGGCGAGCUAGUUGACGGUUCUCUGUUGGGGUCAGAGCUGCGAGAGAAAGGGUUGCAGGGGGGUCGGCAACGCAUACCGGUGAGCGUCAGCUCCAAAGGCGGGACGGUUUCCAAGGAUGCGAAUGGCGAGGUCAGUUUCUCCGAUGCGCGGGUGGUCUCAACACCAGUUGAGGCACCGAGUUUCAUCAUUUAUAUCGUAUCGCAUCUCUUGGAGCCUCCACCUUCAGCCAUUGCAAGGAUCGAGAGCGACGCUCAGUUGUCUACAUACUUAGCAGCGGCAUUCUCAACUGGACUCAUCGAGAUAAUCAAGGAAACCCCUUCAACUACAAUUCUUACACCUUAUAACAGAGCAUUCGAAAAGCUUGGUUUAUUGACCUCCUAUCUUCUUUUGCCCGAGCAAGAUUCUCGGAAAGCCCUUUGUGCAGUCUUAAAACAUCACAUCCUUACAUCAGUUGCUUACUCGACAGAUAUUGGUGACAAGCGCUCGUUCAACACACUGGAAGGGACAAGUGUCACGAUCAAUGGCACGUCCGUCAUUGGGUCUGGCAGUUGGAACGUGACGGGGAAAUUGCACCCCUCAGACACGCUCACUAAGUCAGGAGUUAUUCAUGCAGUUGAAGAUAUCCUUCUGCCGUCGCGCUUGAGGGUAACUAUUGGGGACUUGGCUCUUGCAGCAGGGUGCCAUACUAUGAUCGAACUGAUCCACCGUGCUGGACUAGGGAAAGUUUUGAAUGGAACGCUGACGAUGAAGGACGUCGAUGAUCUGGAUGACUGGGAACGACGUCAUCGGCGAAAGGACAACUCGAAUCUUGCUCCCAUUUCAGGCGAUUCCUCGCCGAUGGGUUGGACGUUGUUGUGUCCCCCAGAUAGCGGAUUCAAUCGAGUCAAUCUCUCCCGUCUUUACGAUGACAAAGAUGCGUUGCAAACACUUGUGUUACAACACAUCAUCCCAACACCUGCGACGCCAAAUGAUUUGUCUUAUGCUGAACCGAUAUCUUUCGGGAACGAUGCCACUUUCACCACGUUGCUUUCACCCUCUACAUAUUACGGCGACCUCGUCAUGCGGGAAACGACGUCAAUCGUUGUCGAAGCCACGACCCCGAUGCUCCCACUUCUGGGCGAUACACCAAAGUCGGACUCGCCACAACGGGAGCGUGCAAUACUUGUUGGCAUAAAGGGAGCACGCGGUACAUCUGGAGAAACGGACUAUGCCCGAGUCAUCUCUUACGGGCGGACUACCACCCCGGACAUCUCAGGAACCAGAAGCGGGGUAGUGAAGAUCGAUCGAGUUCUUGAGCCAUGGGUUCCCGGGUGGUGGCGGGUUUGGGGUUGGGCUAUCCCCAUGUGUGCCAUGGGUUCACUGGGCAUUAUAGCUUUCUGGUCAACUGUGGUGUACUUUUUCCGGAAAGGGGAGAAUGAAGCGACGUACGAGCCGUUAGAUACUGGGGAUGCCGAAGAUAUUUAGGGGUAGGUGUUUGGUAUGGGGAUGUGUAGCUUUUCCGAUGUAAUACCUGGUGUAAUUAAUUGCGAACCCUCGCCUUGGAAUCGCUCAGCUGGAACCACUGACUAGAUCAUGUGAACGGGCAUAAAGGAAAUUUGUCACUGGGCGAAGCAAUUGUCACUCAAAUUGUUCG